CUCGACAAGCUCACCACCGUGUUGUUGUCGACUGGUUAGAGAUGGCGGACGACGGUGUCGUCGAGGCGCCGUACUGCGUCGUGUGUCGCCUCUCGAGCACGGGCAAGUGGCGCAAGCAUGUCUUCUCCCGCAGCCACCAAAAAGCCGCACAGCAGUUCCUUCGACACCAAGUGCCCCGGCUCCAGGCGCUUCGCAACACGACGAAUGCGUCAGAAUGGUUGCGCUGCGUCUUCUGCGAUGUCUCGUUGACCACAGCCGACGCACCGGCGCAUUUUGGCGGUGAUUCGCAUCGCAAGCAGGUGGAGUCGUUCUGCCGCCAUCACCGCUGCGAUGCGGACCGCCAGACGAGGCCACAGCUCUGGUUGAACGCGGAGCAACGUCGAGAGCUUGAGGCGACUCUGACGAAGAAAGAAGCCGGCGAAGAAGACGAGGAAAAGCAGCAAGGUGAUGCGGAGACAGUGGACCAAUUCGCGAACCAGCGAGUCGAGGCCUUCUUGUCGUCGGCAGCCUCGAGGCUGGAAGAGGUGGAAAGUAAGAGACGGAUAGCUGUGGAGGAGACUCAUGUUGACGAAGCGGCGACUCGGGAGGCUCUUUUGGGUCCGCAGCUAGCGCUGACGACUGGAGCGAGACGCUGCAAGACACUCACUUCGUCAGAGGGAGUGUUGCAGAACCCCCUCGGUCGUCAUGAGGGCAAGCGCGUGUGGGGCGGUGGGAUUGUCAAGCUGCGGAAGAGUGAAUGGAUUCCGUGGGCGAUAGAUCAGCUUGUAAAGGAAGAGCAAGCAGACAUGCAACAAUCUGGCGUGGACAACGCUUUCGGAAUACACCGAGUGACGGAACUUGCGCGGGGCGACGGACUGAGCUCCAUUGGAUCGGUGACGUGGGGUGCAAGUAUGAGGAAUGUUCACACGGCAGCAGUACCGCCCUGGAUGGUGCAGACCGAAGAGGAGUACAAGCAGUGCAACCGAAGAGAGCAGGCGACUCCAUCACUGACAAAAGAGAACAAUAAAGCAGAACCGAAGGAUAGAAAGAGGAAAGACAUUUUUUCGGAGCUCCAAGCGAAAACCGAGUGUGGCUCAGACUGGCUGCCGAACUUCGGUGGCGUCUGGCAGGAAGGACCGCGCUCCAAGACGAAACAAGCCUUCAGGAAAGCUGUAAAGCCAGCAAAACCCUCGCGCAACCGAGCUCCUCGAUCGACAGCACCCAGUCCUCAGAUCACUGUACCGCCAGUAAAGCUGCAGUCUCCGCUAUCACCACCACCUUUGCCUCCACAUCCUCCUACACCCCCUGUCCCUGUCGACACAUCUUCAAACCCACAAGGCGAGGUUCCAGUAUCGACGCUGUCAGAGUCAACACAAACUCAGGAGAACAAGAGUAAGCCGGCUAAUCCGUUAGACGCUAAGAAGCAGUUGCUCCUGGCUCAGAAAGAACGUCUGCGUGCCAAGAUGGCAGCAAGAAGACGACAGUAAAUGCUGGUAAAGUACUUCAUACCGUUGACCACAUCUGCUUGCUUGCGGCCUCGUAAUGCGAGUUCUUCUCCGUGCGAAGGUUCAUCGACGCAGUGAGGAGUUCGCACAAGUCCGUCGUACUCAUGUGUGAAGGUCCUCGUUUGACAAGACCUCCAUCGCAUAGCACGGGGUUGUCCUGCACCUUGACGUUGCAUGGGAUGGACAGCACGUAGCGAGCCAAUCGCGCUAGGAACGGAUACUUCAUGGGCAUGUUUUGCCACCACUCUAACGGGUUCGCACGUAGCGCAAUGCGUCCUUCUUCCUGGAAGAAUGACACCUCCACUUCCAGCAAGUUACUGGACUUGGUGAUCUCCAGAGCUGAUUUGGCCGAGCUCAGCAGCAUCUCUUCUUGCGCACAAGACGCCAGGUUGGCUUGAAGGUCGUCCCACAAGUCCGCACUUUUGCCCACGUCAUUCCCGCUGUCUUCGUCGAGAGCGAUUGAUCCGUUGCCGUUCUCCUUGUCCUUCACCUUGGUGCCUGCAAUGUUUGCUGCCUCCGUCUUGACAAUAUCCCAGAACUCCUGUUGUGGUAGAGACCCUUUGAUGAUGAACGACCGUGUGCGGGGAUCCAGUAUCGUUGCACACCACAACAGGUUAAAAAUUUGCCGUUUCUCCGGACUCCAACUAGCGUCCGGGAACGAGAAGAGAUACCCAAAACAAGUUGACAAGUUGACGAAUGCCAGAUUCCUCAACGCCUCGAUAUCUUCCGGUAGUUCUUCCAUCACCUCACCAUCGUUCUUCUUGGUAAGCCCAGUGCCUGACGAAUCGCCAGUGAGCCCGAUGUUCAUGAGGUGUGGGCUGCGUAGCUUCUCAAUCAGAGUGAAUACCGACGGAACAAUUAACGAAGAAACGACGUACUGCUCACUGUCGAGUUUCGUUGUAGCUUCAGCGAAGGGUUUCAGUAUCACCGUGAGAUAGCGAACACGAGACCACUCAUACCGAGAUAGACAGGAUAGCUGGAUCAGCUUGGAGAAAUCGGAGUCACUAUUUUUGUGCACCGAGAAAUACUGCUUCAACGCUGGCAUCAUGCUCUCAACAAGAGAUAGAACGGAGUGGAUUUCACCCAGCGAUAUCGCCAUGUUUCGAAGACGGUCAAUGAACAGGCGUUCAUAGGAAUCUGAACUCAUACUGCACUGCUCUAGUGCUAAUCUUCGUAACACCGCUUGCGAUCUCGGAGACUGCUUGAAGUGAGCGAGUAAAUACAUCACCUUGUUGAUGAGAUCGCGAUACGUGUGACCCGUUAGACUUGUGGGCAACUCCUCGAGAACACUAGACGCGAUCUCAGCUGAGACACCAUAAAAGUUGUCUGUGGUUAAUGCUGCUGUAGAGCUCUCGAUAAACUCGCCCUUGUCCAAUCUUCGGUUUCGGAAACCCACAGAUCCUGAGGAGGUUGAGUCCGUCAGCACCUCGCUGCCUAAACAGUAGCAGCCGGAAAUAUUAACCCCAUUGAUGGUAGCGAUCAUGAUGUUUUGCAGCACUGUUGGGACGCUCUCCAGAAAUCGCAAUUUGUGAUCAUCGCAGAAGGGCUGAUACUCGCUGGAUGGUGGCUCUACGGCAAGGAUUUCAGGCAUGUACCUGCAAGGAACG